UAAGGAUGCCCUUCUCGGGGACCUUGUUCUUCGAGCCUUACCUACUUUCGCGUCGAACCCUACCCGGCACUCCGGCGCCGAAGCCUUGUCCGCCGCGGCUGCUACCUCCGUACGACGACGCACCUGAUCUUUUUCGCCUGUUUCUGCGACCUGGGUUCUUUGCGGGGACCCACACGUCGACGCGGCGGAUGACACGAGGCACCAGCCAGCAGGAGGUGCAAAUCGGCUGUCAUAUCCGACCAUGUGUAGCCGUAUAUGUUGUCUCUCUCUCUCUCUCGCACGCAUCAUGUCUUUUUUUCGAUUGAGAAUUUUUGGCCGCCGAUACGGAUACUUCGUCCAGCGUUGCGCUACUAGAAGACGGUUGCCCCCCCCCGCCCCCUUCAUCUCAUGCGCGACCCCGUUGACUUGAGGCGCACAUCAGAUACACUACGUCAGCCGCAAAGUUUGCUCCCCAGAGCGUGUCUCAGUCACGAUCCGGCAUCUCCGUCGAUCAAGGGCCCUCUCUCUCUCUCUCUCUCUCUCUCUCUCUGCGUGUGUUUGCGCGUGUGUAUGCCUCUCUGGAGGAGAUGGACUUUGAUGGGCCAAGAAGCAACGAGCAUGACACAACACCCUCGCCUUUGGCCAACUGCCCCCCACCAUCGUCGCCACCUGUCACCACGGGCUUCCCGUUCUCUCUUCUUGGCAUGGGAGAAGGAUGGCAGGCGGGCGCCGGUGGGCAGAAAAAAGUCGAUCCACCUAUAUGUAACCAUAAACGUGCUCAGGGCUGGCUGGGUGUGUCGGAGCCCAGAGACCGAGGAGAGCGAAUACAGCGACACCUUCAGCCGUGAGCAUCCGUACCCCCAAGUCCGAAGAAUAGAAAAAAGGACAAAAAAAAAAAAAAAAAGGGAUGCAGGCCCGCUGCAGGCCCAUGCUCCCUCCCCACUGGGGGCGCAUGUCUUCUGCCCCUGUCCUAGCUGGCGGCUUCUGGGGCUCACACACACACACACACGCUCUCUCUCUCUCUCUCUCUCUUUCCUUUCACUCUGAGCCCUGUAUCAGCAGUGGCAGCUUUUGCUCCUCCCU